CAAAAUGGCGGUGGGGCGGCCUCUCAGGCGGCGCCCUUAAAGGAGCCGCAGCACCCGCGGCUCGGCGGGUGGGUUGGGUGGUGAUCGCUCGCUCGGGGCGAGGAGGCGGCGGGGAGGAGCGCUGAGAGCCGGUGCGAUCCUUCGGGAGCGCCCCAGGGGCCGCCCUGGCCGCCGCGGCGGCGAGCGGUGACACGGCGUUACCAUGUCAACGCAGGUCUCGUCCUGUGAUAUUUGGGAUUUUUGGCAAUGAGGAAAGGCUCUGUAAGAAAAGCAUUGAGUAGAAAACCAACUUCUCAGACACCAAGUCCAAUGUCACCUGUCAGCUCAGGUACCAGAUCCCCGUCUCCCCUUGGCCAACAGACACCUCCAGCUGCUCCCAAAAGCAUGGAGCAGGUGUACCAACACCUGGAUAUUCCAGCAGAAAACGUGGGACCUGCUUUUAAGUUUCAUAAAGGUGAAAAUGGUGUUACCCCAGGAGUUAGGUACAUCACUGAGCCCCUCAUAAAGGGUCUGUCAAAACAGCAAAAUUUGGCAUGUAUAAGCUCACUGAAUCUUUCUUCCCCAAAAGAUGGGGACAAAAAGUUUAAGUACAUAGAAAAUCUGGAGAAGUGCUCUAAACUAGAGAUACUAAAUCUUAGUAACAACCAAAUAGAGAAGAUGGAGAAGUUGGAUAAACUGCUGAAGUUACGGGAGCUCAACUUGUCCUGCAACAGGAUCAGCAAAAUCGAAGGUAUAGAACAUCUGCAGAACCUCCAAAAGCUGAACCUGGCAGGGAAUGAGAUUGAGCACAUCCCUGUGUGGGUGGGGAAGAAGCUGAGAUCCCUUCGUGUCCUCAACCUGAACCAGAACAAACUGUCCUCACUCCAUGAUGUAGCUAAACUAAAGCCUCUCCAAGAUCUGACCUCUCUAUUCCUUGCUGAUAAUCCAGUUGGAAAUCUGCCUCACUACUGCUUGUACACCAUAUUCCACUUGAGAACACUGGAAAACUUGGAUGGGCAGCCCGUGACAAAUCCUGACAGGCAGGAAGCUCUGCAGAGGUUUAAUUUAGAAGAGAUAGAAAAAUUAGAGAGGGAGUUGGAAAACACAGUCAAGGAGAUGGAGAACCUCAAACUGACCCAGUCCAAGGUGCUCGAGCAGCUUCACCAUCAAGAUGAGGUCAACAAAUCGUUGAAAGAAAAGACUUUGCAACAGAAACAAAGCUUUGAAGACCUACAAAGGGACCUGGGCACCAAAAAUGAGCUGCUGGUGUGUUGGUUUGUCCCAGCCCCCUUCCUGCAGAGCCUUUAUUCCUCACUGAAGCUGAAGCAGAAGACAGUGGAGCUCACCAGAGCCUGCCAGAAGCAGUAUGAGCUGGAGCAGGAACUGGCCUUUUAUAAGAUCGACGCCAAAUUCGAGCCAUUGAAUUAUUUUCCGUCUGAGGAGGUUGAGGUUGAUGAUGUGCCCGGGGAGAGCCCCUACAUUGGCAAGGCCAGGUACAAGAGGAACAUGUUUGUGAGGGAAGGAUUCAUCGCUGACAGGGCUCAGCAGCUGCACCUGGGCAGAGUGCAGAGAGAGGGAGAGGACUUCUGGAGGAAAACCCAGCUGGAACUGCAUCUCCAAACUCUAGAUGAGCUACUGGAGAAUAAAGAAAAAAAAAUUAAUUCAGCACAAAGAAGAUUGGAAGAACUGCAAAGUGCAAUUGGAGAUGCAGAGCAACGAGUUUGGAAAGUAACAGAGGAACUGCAACAACUGGAGGCUGCUCUGGAUCAGAAAAAAAUAUCCCAGGCCAACAGAGAAGCGAUUGAGCAGCAGUUGAGUGAAAAGAUACAAAUCCUGCAGGAGCUACAGAAGGAGACCUUAGAACUGGAAAAACAGAUAGAGAAACAGAAAAGAGAAAUAGGGAAAAAACAGAAAGAGCUGGAAGACUUGCAGAGUUCCCUUGCUUCUGUAAAUCCUGAGGAUCCAAGGCAUGCUCACAUGAAAGCUCAGAAAGCAGGUAAAGAGCAGCAGCUGGAUAUGAUGAACAAACAUUGCCAACAGCUGGAGAGUCGCCUGGAUGAAAUGCUCUCCAGGAUUGCAAAGGAAACUGAGGAAAUCAAGGACUUGGAGCAGCAGCUCACUGAUGGUCAGAUAGCAACAAAUGAAGCCCUGAAAAGGGACUUGGAAAGUAUCAUCAUGGGAUUGCAGGAGUACCUGCAAAGUGUCAAGUGCCAGGCAAAACAGGCCAAUGAGGAAUGUAAGAAGUUGCAGAAGGAUAAAGAAUCUUUGCUGGAAAGAUUGGCAGAUCUAGAGGAGGAUAAAAACAACCUGGAAAUGGUUGCCAUGGAUGCAGAAAAUAUGAGAAAAGAAAUUGCAAUGCUGGAGAGGGCCCUCCAAGAGCAGCAAGAAAUAAAUGAGUCUCUCCGAGAUGCCCAAGGGAAGGUCAGUGCCUACGAGGCUGAGCUGGAGGCCCAGCUGAGAGAGAGGGAUGCUGAAGCCAAGCAGCAAAAAGAAGAAUUUGAAAGACUGAAACAACUUAGCCAGAUGGAACUGUCAGCCCUGCAAGCUGAACUUGAAAAAGAAAGGCAGGUGUUGGAGAAUGCUCAGACCAAAGCACAGCUGGCAGAAGAGAAGGAACAACAAAAUUACAAGCUCCUUUCUCAGUUCAAACAACUGCAGGGAGACAACAAUCUCCUGAAAGAACAGCUUAAAGAUCUUCAGGACCAGCUAAACCAUGCAGUUGGAAACUUAAUUCACCCUGAGGAAGUCUUGGCUUGUAUAAAUGAACUCAGGCAAAAGCUUCAGUCAGGGGCUGGAGAGAUUCAGUGCCCAAAUUCAGCUGAUGUUGUAGGGAAAAGCCUUGCAAAUCUGCAGAGGGAAUUUAAUGACAUCCUUGCUGAUGCUGAGAGGGAAAAAGAGAAAGCCUGGGCUAGACAGAGACAAUUGCAGGAAGAAAUGGGAUCCCAGCAGGAAAAGCUGGAAGAAUUACAGGAGAAAUAUAGACAGGUUAAAGCUGAAAACAGGCAGAAUAAGAACAAGGUCCAUCAGUUGGAGAAUAAAAUCCAGCAUUUACAUGAUAAAAUAAAGAGCAUGGAAGAGAUUCAGGGCCUUGCUGACCAGCAGCUCCAGGAGGCAGAUGAAGAGAAAGAGGCUAUUCUUGCUCAACUGGAGGAUUUAGAGAAGAGGAAAAAAAUAGAAGAUGCCAGGGCACAACUGCAGGUUGUGAGUCUGGAUAAGGAGCUGAAGGAGCUGCAGAGAGCCAUUGUCACCUCAGAUAAGUUGGCAGCCACAGAGCUCUGCCUUGCUAAAAACCAGCUCAAGGCUCUUCGGGGGACUGUGCUCAGGAUUAACCAGGAGAGGGCUGAGGAGAUUGAGGAAGCUGAGGAGUUCUGUGCUGAGGCAGCUCGUGCUGCCCGGGAUCUGGCCAGGGCAGAAGCAGAAAUAGAAUUGCUACAACAACAGCUCAAAGAGAAGGAAGAGCAAUUUCAGCAUGAAAUGGAGAAAGCUGGAGAGAAGGCUGUUGCAUCAAGCCCUCAGAAGUUUGAAAUGGAGAAAUUAAAUGAAGUUAUGGAGCAGCAAAAAGCAGAAAUCGACCGUUUAAGAUGGUUGUUGGAUCAUAGUGGGACAGUUAACAAAGAUGAAGUUGACAACUUACAGGGGGAACUUGCAGCCCUCAGAAAUGUGCUCUCCCACCGCAGUGAUUGUAUUCCCAGCACAGCAGAUCCCUGGAAAAGAAGAGGAUACUGGUAUUACCUGCCACCAUCACAGGCUUCAACUCCUGCUUCCCAGAGCACAAAGGACUCUGGAGUGUGUUUGGGGUGCUCUGGCUCAUCCCCACCCAGGAGAGGGGGUGCCCAGGACAGGCCACGUGGGAGGGAAGACUUGCCCAGCCAAGGAGGGUGUUGGGUUUAUUCCCCAGCCAGAAAUAGGUUGUACAAAGCAAAUUCUGGUCGAGGUAAAGAUAGAAGAGCGAAAGAAGAUGGUGAAGGAAACGCAGGAACUCCUGUUCCAGAAGAGCCUCCCUUUGUGCCACCUCCUGGCACAGUUCUUUACACUGCCCUUCCAGAUGGUGCCUCUGCCCCCCAGGGAACAGGGGUUUAUGCCCCCCCUCCUGCAGCAGCCAGUGGAGGAGCAGUUGCUCCUGGAUCCAUCAUCCAUGGCCCUCCUCCCGUGGGAGCCCAGGUUGUUUAUGGCCCUUUGCCUCCAAACUGCACCGUCCCUCUCGUUCCCCUGGGAGUGCUCCACUGCAACGUGCCUGAACACCACGAUUUGGAGAGCGAAGUGGCGAGGCUGGAGGACACCGUGUGCUACCUGAAGUCUCAGAAGUACAAAGAGAGGUGCUCAGAGGCAGCUGAGCAGAAACACAAGAGAGAGGUGGAGAAACUGCUUCAAAAUGUUGAAGAACUUGAGCACGAAAGGGCAGAGCUGGAGUGUGAGGUGGCAGAGCUGCGGCGAGCGGCUCAGAGGCAGAGCAGGAGCAGGGACUUCAUUGACGGGUACCCUGACAACCUGCUGGCAGAGCUGCAGUUGGAAAGGUCUCUGAGGCACCAGGAGGACGUUGCAGAGGAGGUUGGGUGUGUGGAGAAGACUCUCCUGAAGCGCAGAGCUGAGCUCAGGGAGGCAGACAGGCUCCUCUCAGAAGCUCAGGUGGAACUGGAGAGCACCAGGGGGAAGGCUAAAGAGACUCUUCAGAAGUACAGUCGUGCCAAAGAGCAUCUGUCCUGCACAGAGUCAGAGGCAAAGGAGCUGGAGCAGAGGGCUCAGGAAAUGGCCACUAAACUUGUGAGAGCUGCUCAGCAACUCAGGUUAUUACAGGCAGAUACAAGGGAUUUGGAACAGCACAAGAGGGAACAAGAAGGUAUUUUGAAGGAAAUCAACCAAAUGGUGGCUGCAAGAGACUCUGAGUUCCAGUCGCUGAACCAGAAGAUAGAAAUGCUCUCUGAAAGUCUUCAGAAGCUUCAAGGAGAUAUUAGACUGGCAGAAGGCAACGAGGACCAUCACCUCCAGAUCAUCAGAGAAGCAGAAAGCCUUGUUCAGGGCAAGAAAACUGAACUGGAAACACUGAAAGAUCAGAUUUCUGCUCAGCAGCAAGAGCUCCUGUUCCUGGAGCAGCAGGUGAAGCAGAGAACAGAAGAGCUCCAUGUCCUGCAGGACUGCAUUUCCCUAAAGAAAGGGGACCUCAAGGAAGCCCUUCGGGAUGGAGAGACAGAAGCACAGGAAAAACUGCGCCAGAUAAGGGAAAUAAAAGUAAUUUUGGAAGAGCUUAACGUUGAGAGAAAAGAACUGGAUGCCCAGUUGAGUGAGAGAAGAGCACAGCUUGCAUUCCUGAACAAGGAUAUUAGAAAGGAGGAAGAAAACCUUCAAGGAAUCCUUGGGCAGAUCACCAAGCACAAGAUGGAACUGAAACAUGUUCUGGAAACGCUGGAGCUUGAAAAGAACGAACUUCAAGGUUUGAAAGUACAGCAUGAGCAGAAGGUCAAGGAGCUGGAGAAGACUCAGGUGGCAGUUCUGGAGGAGAAGCUAAAACUGGAGAACAUUCAGAGGUUAUUUCAGUGCCAGCAAGGGGAAGUGGAGAGGCAGGAACAGCUCCUGGAGAAGGACCGGCAGGAGAACCACCAGCUGCUUUCCCAAAUGCAAACUCUGCAGAACAACGUCCAGGUCUUGGCUAAGGAGAAGGAAAAGCUCCAGGAAGACUCCUGGAGUCUGGAGAAGAGGUUGUCACAAACCAGGAGAGACCUAACUGCUGCUGAAGACAGCAGCAGAACUGCACUGUCCAACGUAGAAAAAAUGGAAUUAAAGGUUAAGAACCUGCAGCAGGAGGUGGAGCUACUGAGCAGGCAGAGGAAAUCACUGAAUGGAGAGAUUGUUGCUGUCCAGGAGGAUCUUCAAGGAAAAAAGGAAGAACUAGAAACAGUGAAAGGAGAACUGAGUGACUCCAGGGAGCAGCUCCAAGCAGUGGCACAGGAUUUGAAGAACAACACGAGGCAGCAGGAGGAGCUGCUGAGGGAGCAGGCAGCCCUGAGAGGAGACAUCCAGGAGUAUUUGAGGAAGCGUAGGGAUCACCAGGAGAGGCAGAGGAAGAGGGAGAACCAAUUGGAGGAGCUCCAGAAAAAGAUUGAAGAGAAGGAAACAGAACUGGCUGAACAGGAAGAGGUUCUCCAUCACCUCAAGCGAAGUUCAGAGCGUGAAGGAAAAAAGCUGGAAGAAUGUACAGCUAAAGUGGAAGAGGAGAGAAUCCUCUUGGAAAAGGAACUUGCAGAUCAGCACAAGAAACUGGAGCAGACAAUAGCAAAAGUCAGGCUGGCAGAGGAAAACCUUGGGAAGCUGGAAAAGGAGUCAUCCAGAUGUGCAGCUCUGGAAGAAACUGUCAGAAAAAGCAAACAGCAGCUCUCAGAAAGAGAAUCACAGUUACAACAGAAAGACAGAGAAAUCCAGUGUCUUCAGGAGGAACUGGAAGUCUCCAAGUCUGAGCUAAAGCAGCUCCAAGAUCUGAUGGUGUCAGAGAGGAGAGAAGCAGAAAAACAAAUCUUGAGUCUGAAAGAAAAACAGAAAAUGCAAAGGAAGGAGCUGGAAAGAAAACUGCAGGAACAAAGGCAUGAAAACACCAGUUUGCAGAGUGAUGUGGCAACAGCUGAGCAAGUGGCCCUCAGGAACCACCAACGAGCCAAGAGCCUCGUGAAGGACCUGGGGCAGAUCCAGCAGCACUACAGGGACCUCCAGAGCCAGGUCAAAACCCUGGAGGAGAGACAAAGGGAAAUGGAGAGUGCAGCAACAUUGCUUAACCUGGAGGUCGAAGAUGAAAUUAGGACAGGGUUUAAAUCUUCCAACUCCUCUUCUCUGUACCCGUUGGAGGAUCUGGAAACAUCCUCUGAAGCAAAGGGAAGCCCGUUGUGUGACUCUGGGGACUGGGAGCCCUUUGCUGCUGCUGACAGACAGCUCCUGUCCCAGGGAGACAAGUGGAACAUCUCCAGUAUCUUCUUAAUGGACGAGCAGUGGCGGGGGGAGGCGCUCCGGGAGCAGCUCCAGCAGCACCAGGACCGGCUCAAGGCCCAGCUCUGGCAGUCCCUGGCCCAGCAGGCCGAGGUGCUGCUCCGGGGGAAGCAACAGACAGCUGGGAGCCUGCACAGCCUGCAGAGACAGCUCGAUGAGCUCCACAACCUGCUCAGCAGCUCUGCCUCAGAUUCACUGCUCCUGGCCAGGAGCUCCAGCCUGGGAUCUCUCAACAGCACCCUGAAUUCAACAAGAACUCAGGCCUCUCUGCCAGGCCUUGCCGGGGUCCCCAGCAGGCCGGGAAGUGUCUCAGGAUCUCCCAUGGCCCGUUCCUGCUCCCAAGGAAUCUCUCGGUGAAGCCAGAGGUGAGACACGACUUGAGCCUGGUCCAGCCUCCCUGAGAGCCUGGAAUGCCAAGGGACACGGGGCAGGUGGGGGUUCCCAGCCCCCUGUCCCCUCCCAGUGCCUGCAGUGUCUGUCCUGGUUUAGGGGGUGUGUUCUGCAGGAGUCUCUGGGCAGGAGCUGCUGGGAGCUCUCCUGUGCCACAGAGGGACCAAGUUAAACAUUAAUUAAGCUUUGCCAUCCUUGGCCUUUCAGUAACACGUUUUUGGCUUAGGAACUGUCCAGCCCAGUGGCUGAGCCUCUGCUAGGGCUGUUCCACAGCAGCCUGGGACAGAAAUGUUCUUUUGGACCAGCUGAAGUUAAAAUUGGUACUUGAAAAGUGGCUUCACGUUGGAAGAGCUCAGAGCACAUCCCCAGCUUGGCUGUGAGCCCUCAGCUGCUGCCUCUGAAGACUUCUCCUACCUCACUGUGUGAGCCCUGUCUGGAAAGGCCUUUGCCCACAGGAGCUGCUGCAGGGCCUGCACUGUGCUGUGAAGGUUUUGUACAACUGAAGAACAGGUUUAUGUAUAUGUUGGUUUUUUUUUUUUAAAUAACUAUUUUAAAUGAGUAUUUAAAUGUGCCCAAAACCACCUCCUAUUUAAGUGCUCAGCUCUCGGCCAAUUUUGACUUUACAGAAACCUUGUUACAAGGCUGGAGUUGUCCCUUGACCUGUUGCCAAAUGCAUGGAGGUUUUAAGUACAAUUAUUUUUUUGAGUACUUCCUUAAAAUAAACUUUUGUGAUCUAUGCUUUUA